AUGGCUCUAGAUUCCACGUUCUCGUUCACUGGGACAACUUUUGACCUCGCAGUAACAGGCCUCGGGGGCUGGCUACUUGUUUUUGGCCCCUUCUCGUCGUUUUUCAAAGACCGGCUGUACCUUUCCGUCGCCUGCUUGUCUUUUCUCGCUGGUCUCGUUUUUGCCAGAUCCACAGGUCUUGUCGAGCCCGUGCAUUUCACAGAACACGGGAACAUCGACGAGGUUGCCGCGACGACGCUGGACCUCAGUCGUAUUGUGUUGGGCGUGCAAUUACUGUUUGCCGGCGUGUCUCUGCCGCGACGAUUUCUACGCACAGAAUGGAAACCCCUCUCAUUGCUCCUUGGACCUGGCAUGGCGGCCAUGUGGGGUUGCAGCACUGCCGUCAUCUGGCUACUGGUACCAGGCCUGAGUCUCAUUCAUGCCAUGACCAUCGCCGCAUGCAUCACGCCAACGGACCCCAUCCUGUCGGCUACCGUCCUCGAGGGCCGUUUCGCAGACCAGAACGUGUCGCGCAGUCUUCGCGAUCUCAUCAUUGCCGAGUCGGGCGCCAAUGACGGCCUCGGCUAUCUUUUUCUGUUCUUCGCCCUGGACAUUGUCAAGUACUUCCCAGGCAAGAUCGCUGGCGCGUCUCUCGGCGAAGGCCAGCUCGGCGAGGCCUUGGGUUCCUUUUUCGGCAACACUUGUCUUUACGUCGUCGGUACGAGCAUUCUCUACGGGUGGGUUGUCGGGUAUGCCGCCAAGCUUAUGCUCCAGUGGGCAAACAGCAAAGGACACAUCGACCGCGAGAGCUUCGUCACCUACUCGGCAGCACUGGCACUCUUCAUCCUCGGGACCUGCGGCAUGGCUGGCGUUGAUGAUGUCCUGGCGUGUUUUGUCGCUGGCAACGCCCUCACCUGGGAUGAUUGGUUCCGCCUUGAGACGGUCGAGGACUCAUUCCAGCAUGCCAUGGACACACUGCUCAAUACAGUCAUUUUCAUGUGGAUCGGAGCUAGAUGUCCCUGGGAGUCGUUUUGGGCGUCGGACAUACUUCCCUUCUGGCGCCUAGUUGCCCUCGGGGUUGGAAUUCUCAUCUUUCGUCGGCUCCCUGUCGUUUUAGCAUCCUAUCGACACAUCCACCAGAUCGAGGACUUGCGGCAGGCUCUUUUCGUGGGAUACUUCGGCCCCAUCGGCAUCUCGGCCAUCUUCUACCUCUGUGUUGGUCUAGAGUUUCUUAGGGGUCUUGAGACUGAAACCGGAGCGCACGGCGAGCUCAGACGCUUGAAAGAGCUCAUGGUGACUGUUGUCUGGUUCCUGGUCGCGUUCAGUGUGGUAAGUCUACUCAGUGCGUCUUUGGGGUUGUCCGUAUUAUGCUAA